AUGGACUUUAGGUGUUCUAUUCUAUUCUAUACUGUUACAGAGCCAGAAGCGACAUCAACCCAACGAAUCUCGUUUAACGAGGCGAAGUGGAAUGCCAUGUUCCCGGAUCACGAAUUCCAACACCUGAAUUUAUUCCACGGUGAAGAGAAAGAGGAUCCAACUGUUCCCACAGGAGUUGAAUUUAGAGAAAAGAACACCACCGGAAUCAUUUUAAAAUGGGAUUCUCCGAAGGAGACGGAUGGAACAAUAGAUGGAUAUGAUGUAAUAUAUACAUAUGGUCAAGGUCUAUUUAAAAUGACUACUGAUGAUGCCAAUAUGGUGACUGUUCCUUUAAUCCCUGGAAUAACGGCCAUUGAAGCUUGCGUAGCCGCCAUUACUAACAAAGCCGUCAAAUCAGAAAUGUUGAACGUCUCCAUACCGGUCUUUCUUGAUAUUUCUGAUGCAAGUACUGCUGUGCAUUAUGUUCCUGGUGCGGAAGUGUCAAAGGAUCCAAAGAAUAAUGCAUUAGUAGAUACUUUUGCAGUGUCGAAAGAGGGUAAAACUGAUGGAGAGUUUCAGGAUGUUCCAUCAGCUAAACCCAGUACUCUCGUAAUCGCAUUGAUCGGUGUUGGAAUUGAACUUGCACUCCUCAGUGUGAUAGGUGUCACUAUUUACCUAUAUGUUCCAUCAGCUAAACCCAGUACUCUCGUAAUCGCAUUGAUCGGUGCUGGAAUUGUCCUUGCACUCCUCAGUGUGAUAGGUGUCACUAUUUGCCUAUGUAUGAGAAAUAAAGGACGCUACGAGGUCAGUUAA